AUGUUACACAAACUCCAAGCUGACAACAUGCCUGCCUUCCUGGACGAGCUUGAACGUUUAGAAGAAGAACUGAGUGCAGUUUACGACAAAUAUGUCCUGUACGUUCGAUGUCAGGCCGCUUUAAAAGCCCAAAUAAAUUCGAACACAGAAAUCGAUGAUUUGAGUCAGACAACACUCAAUCAGAAACAGGGAAAAAUAUUAAUACCGCAGAAUAAAAAUCGAGGAAUACCUGCAGGUUACGAUAUCAACGAUGAUGACGAUGAUACUGAUUUAGAUGAUUUGGAUGAAUCCAUGGAUGAUACUGAGGAUUUGAGAAAAAUGGCUAAUAUGAGUUUGGGUGCUAAUAAUAAACCGCGUACAAGGACCAGACUUCGAGUUCGUACAGGAGCUGGAGGUGAUAGAGGUCGCAUUUUUGGAGGCAUGGGGCCCCACGGAGUCUCCGACAACUCUUUAGGAAACUCUUCAGACUCCUUAGGAAUCGGACAUGACGCAACUGAAGGUUUGACAGACGAUGAUGCCAGUUUAAGGUUCGACGAAAUCAGCAAACAACCUAUGGGCGGACCUGAUAUACCUGAUGCUAGUGACGAGGACUUUUAA